AGUUGGUCUUACCAACCGGAAAUAGAUGCCACGAGAACCAACGGCAGAAACUUUGGGUGAAGGCCAACAGCGUGAUGUCUACAGCUGACGAAUUUGUCCAUAAUGAUGAAAAACAAGGAACGUGAGCAUGUCAUUCUUUUUUAAAGCUUCAUGUUAUGCUGUCGUCUUGCGUAUAGGAUUUGCGAUGUAUUACCACUGAUUUCCGCAAUAUGGAGGGUGUGUUGUUGAAAUGGACCAAUUAUUUGACAGGUUGGCAGCCCCGGUGGUUUGUGCUGGACAAUGGGAUUCUUUCAUAUUAUAAAUCACAAGAAGAAGUAAAUCAUGGAUGUAAGGGGUCAAUUCGAAUGGCCGUAUGUGAUAUCAAUGUGCACUCAACAGACAAAUGUCGCUUAGAUUUGAUCAUUCCUGGAGAGUCCCAUUUCUAUCUUAGAGCCUCAAAUCCACAAGAGAGACAGAGAUGGCUUGUCUCAUUGGGAACUGCUAAAGCUUCACUCACCAAUGGAAGGAUUAAAGACACUGCAGGAGAGGUUUCCCCAGAUAUUAUCAAGACUAAGAAGUCAGAAUUAAGACUCUACUGUGAUCUCUUGAUGCAACAAGUACAUUCAGUCAAAUCAGUGACUCAGGAAGGCAACCCAGUCAAUGUAGAGAAACUGAAUGAGGCUACAUCCUUGUUAGGUGCAACAUGUGAUACCUUCAUUUCCACACUGGAGGACUGUAUGAAGAUUGCCAAUGCCAGCAUUGCUUAUGAGUCCCCACACCAACACAUUAGUGAUUCUCCAUUCCCAUUGAUAACAUUGAAACCUCCACUAAAAAAGGAUUCAAGAUCAUAUUCAGUGUCUGACAAGUACCCACCCACAGCAGCACCUAGAAGACGGACUUUUUCAGACAGUUCUCCAGAAAAACUAAGUCCUCGUUCUAGAUCUGCCAUGUCCCUGUCCCCACAACUAGAACAUUCAAAGGAAGACAACCAUGUGUUAGAUACAGAAACACUCACUACUGAACAAACACUGCUAGCCCCCGAACAAAACUCUCUAACCAAAAACCUGAAACGAUCAGCUUCCUUAAAAAGUUUGGAGAAUGGGGACGAAGAGUUCAAGGAUGCCAUUGAUGAAAAAAUUCCAAAUUUUUUCUCUGCAAUGGAAUGCAGUUUUAUGGAUAUACAAUUAGAAAUUGAUGGUGGAAUUCCUAUAGAGCGUUUCCUGUCAGCUUGUAGAUGCAUGGUUCCUAUAUUUGACAAAUUAAAUUCCACUGCAUUUGCUCCAGUAAAAAUGGACUUUCAGGGAAAUAUAAGGAAACUACAACAGAAAUAUUCCACAAACACAUCGUCAUUCACCACGCUGCAGAAAAUGGUGAUGAUUGAGGUGGAUUGUAAACAGCAUCGGAUGUCCAGUUCUGCCACAGUAGCUCUUCUGUGGAUGAAAAGAGGUUUACAGUUCAUCAAAGAAUUCUUGCUUGAGAUUGUGAACAAUCAACAAGACUUGUCACUGGCUGCUGGCAAUGCCUACAGUAAAUCCUUAAAACCCUUCCAUGGCUGGGUUGUCAGAGGGGUUUUUGCUGUGGCAGUGAAGGCUUUGCCAAGCCGUGAGGUGUUCAUCUCUCUGUUGGCUGUUCCGGGAGGAGAGAAUAAGGGGACAGACUUCACACAUUCCUUAAUGACAGACAUGGAAAAUUACAUCACUGCUCUCGAUGAAAUUCUACGUGUUCUAAAUGAUUUUUUCACUGUGCAUACCCUUGACAAUGAAGAGUCGGUAUAAAAGCCCUUAUAUAUGUGUUCACAGCUGUUUAUUCACGUUUACUUCUCUAUUAAUUCUCUCUAUUUCAUGACAUCAACACAUGAACUAGGCAGCGUCACUAUAAAUGUAAGGAUCUCUACUCUUUUUUUUUUUUUUUUUUUUUUUUUUUUACAAUCAACAGUGACAUGCAAUUAUAUCCAAAACAAUUUAAACACCAUCCCAGUGAAACAGGAAUUUUCACAAAAGGGCACUUGGAGUCUGUUUGUAGGCUAAAUAUAUUUUCACAUAAAUAUUGAAAUUAAUACAUGUACAUGUUGGACUCGAGUUUCUUCCAACUUGUGUAUCCUAGGCAUGGUAUCUAAUUUACUCAACCAAGAUACGAAUACCAUUUUCGCUUCCGUCUUGGUAUCAGCAUUCAGAAGACUGCAAGGUAAAGCGAGUGUUCAGAAUUAUCUUUGCAGUUCAGAUAGAAUCUAAAAUUUGAAAAAUUUUGAUGAAGUAUAGGGAACAUUUUCUCUUGGCUUUCAAGUCAUUUAGCUGUCUUCAAUGGUAAGCCUAGUCAAAGUUAUAAUGUGAAAAAUAUUGGUUGAAGAAAAAAAAAACAUUCAUAGGUACUUCUGUCCAUUGUCUGUACGUAAUUACAAUGUUAUUAAUUCCAUGCAUCCAUAGGGAAAUGCUGUUGAUCCAAUAUGUGUAGAUAAUUUUGUGAAAGGACUAUAUAUGAUAAAGACUUUUUGUUCCCUCCGAAAUUGAAUGUUGUGCUUUCGUUUCAAAAUCAUUUGUAUUUUGUGCAAGGAUCUUGAUGCAAUUCUACAGUUGUUAUUUUCAAUUUUCAUAGGUAUUAUGACAUCAUAAGCAUGACAUUUUGUCACCAUUUUUAUAUUUCUACUUAAAAUGACUAUAUUUUUAGUUUUUCUUUAAGAAAACAUUGUGCACAGGUUUGUACAAAUUUCAUGUUUAUGCCAUAGAUUUAUCUUUCCGUUAGACUUGCAUGAUGAAAAAAAAAUUUGUUUAUACAAAGCCAUGCUUGUUUUCUAAAUGUUCACUGAAAAAUGUAACUGAAACAUUGUUGAGUGUGGCGGAAAACAUCAAUCAAUCAAUCUAAAUGUUCACAACAGUAAGCAUUUUAACUCAGUAAAUUGGGGAAUUUUGUCACUUAUGAUGCUAUGUACUAGUACUCCAUAGAGCAGUAAACAGUAGACAAGUUAGGUGAAACUGUAUUCAAUAACAGAAGAUUUAGUCUUUUCUUCAAAGCAUUAGGGGACUAGAGAGGCUGUUGUCAUAUAUAGUACUUUUGUAAAUUUGUGAUUACAAAUGAAAUACUGUUAUAUGAUUUGUGGUCCAUGAGACACUAAACGAUUUAUAUCACUUGAUGUAUGUGGGAAGAAAAUUUAUCCGAUUCAAGAAAAUAGUUCAGCCCAAGAUUUAGAGAAGGACUUGCAUAUAAAAUGAGUUUAUUUUAAUUUAUUAUAUUUAAAGAUAUAUGUUACAUCUGUCAAUUCUUGUGUUUUAUGUACAUAUUUUACUAGGUAUGCCCUCAUAAGGGAAAAUUAUUCCAGCACAUUUAUUUUGCAAAGUGUUCUUUUGAUGACUAUUAUUCAUUGUUAAAGACACCUUGGAGAUAGCAUCAUUAUUUAUUUUUAUGUUGUUUUUCUUUACUGUAUUUAAACAGCACAAUAUCUGUUUACUAUUUAUUGAUAAAGAUACAAAUCUUCAUGAAAUUCCAUUACCCGCUUUAAUAUACAUGUAAAUUACAGAAAAUAGGGAAAUAUAUACAUGUAGUAUUUCCUGGUAACAUAUUGAACAAAAUGAUCAUCAGUAAAACUGUUUCCUUUAUUUCAGCUAUUGUCUGAAAUGUACAACAUGUAACAUAAAGACAAAAUUGUUACUUGUCUGGGUUAGUUUUGGUUGUGUUACAGAUUUCUUUAAUAUUGUUUAUAUAGACACAGGAAAAAAAAUUCAUGUGAUAAUAAAUUGUCAAUAAAACCCACUUUAUGUCUA